UAAAGAUGAUUUGGGGGGGGGUUUGCAUGUUGUGCUCGUGCAUGGGUGGGCAAUGGACGACUAUGGCUAUAGGGAUGAAUUGAGGUGUUGAUGCUGUCAAAUGGAUUUAAAGAUUAGGGUAUUUGCUCCCUUCCCACGUUGUCUAUUAUUCUCUAUUUCUUAUAUGCUUUUGGUUUUCCUUUUUAUGAAUUAUUGGUCGACUCUGGGACAAUCAGCCCAGUUAUGCUCUUUUGAUGAUGGAAAUAAAGUGACCUUUCUUGAAUGGUUUGGAGUUGAGAUUAUAUGUUUUUAUUGGAGUGGGUAGCUAACGAAAUCUAUCACGCGCGUUGACUUCUCCAGAGCUCUUGAACCGGUAAGAGCAUAGUGUCCAGUAAAUUUGCCCCCGAAUUUCUAAAGAUCACCUUG